GAGUACCCUGCCGGGCUGCUACAGUCCGUCACUCCGUCGGUCCGUCCUUAAGCCGUGCCCAUGGCGACGAGGCGGUCCGGCGCCCUCGGCCACCUCCUCUCCUGGCGACUCCUCGAUCACCUCCACCCCGACGUCAACCACAACCUCCGCAUCCUCCACCGCGGCCUCGCCCUCUGGUCGAUGAAGAAGGACCCGGCCCUCGAAGCCGUCCUAUCCCGCAACCGCCGCUGGAUCGUCAACAACCAGAUCAAACACAUCCUCCUCCGCGCCCCCAACUACACCGCCACCGUCCGAUCCCUACAGAAAAAGUUCAAAACCCUCGACCUCCAGGGCAAAGCCCUCAACUGGCUCCACAAAUACCCCUGCUGCUUCGAAACCUUCGCCGACGACGACGGCGAGGUCUACUUCCGGUUCUCCAAGCGCAUGGCCGCCCUCAUCGACGAGGAGGAGGCCGUCCGGGCCUCGACGGAGCCUGCCAUGGCCCGCCGCCUCGCCAAGCUCCUCAUGCUCUCUCGCGACCGCCGCCUCAACGUUGUCAAGCUCAACGAGCUCAAGAGAAAUUUCGGCCUCCCCGAUGACUACAUCCUCCGCAUCCUCCCCCAAUACCCCGACACCUUCCGCGUCGUGAACCGCUACGGCCGCCGGAAUUCGAUGGAGAUCGAGCUCGUCCGGUGGGACCCGGCGCUCGCGGUCUCCGCCGUCGAGGCAUUGGCAGCUGAACGGGGGACGGAGCCGCGGUACAUCUGCUCGCUGCCGCCGAGCUGGGUGAAAACUCGGGCAAAAUUUGACGAAUUCAAUGAUGGCACGCCAUACAUUUCACCGUAUUCCGAUAAUUGGAAGCAGUCGGAGAAGCGGUCUGUCGGCAUCGUCCAUGAGCUUCUCUCACUAACACUGUGGAAGAAGGCGUCCAUUGUGAAAUUGGAGCAUUUCAAGAGGGAAUUCGGAUUGCCGGAGAGGCUGAAUUUAUUGCUGCUCCAGCAACCGUGCAUAUUCUAUGUGUCGAACCGGUACAAGAUAUACACGGUGGUCCUCCGGGAGGGGUACAGGGGAUCGGAGCUUGUCGAAAAGGAUCCAUUGGUGGUCGCGAAGGAUAACCUCGGAGAAUUGAUGCAGGAGGGACUUCACGAAUAUAAUAGGAGGCGGCGGUUGGCGAAUUUGGAGAAGAGGAGGAAGAGAGGUGAGGUUGAAGUGAGACCGACGAAGGAGGAAGAAGAAGAGGAUGAAGAGGAAGCACUGAGACUGCACAGUGCCGAGAAAAGGGAAGAGAGGAAGAGGUUUUAUAAAGUUCUUUUUGAUGAGAACCCGUGAGCAGAUUGAUGAAGUAGAGAAAAUUAGGGAUGGGAAGUGGAGUGGAGAACUCCAUGCAAGAUGUGGGCAAGGAACUAAACAAAUAUUUGUACCAAAAAGCAACUCAACAAAUAUGUGAAUUGCUGCCUCCAAGAGGUGUGGGGUUCUUGAUUCCUUAAAGUCUGGCCAGGAAGCUUCAAGGGAGACGCGAGCAAUUCAUAUUUGUAUUCCUCCUGUGAGUAUGCAAGAGUGCAAACAUCUGUUGCUCCCAAAGCAGAGAGACGGCUUGACUUGAGAAAACAAUGGAGGUGGAACUUUUAAAAGAACCAAAAUACUUUUGUUAGCUUAGAAUUUCAGAAUCAUCUGUUGUUAUCAGUCGGGUUUUGCGGAACUCAAAGUUAUGUACUGAAGGGUGGUUGGUUGUGAUGUUUAUCUUUUAAAAGCCUGUUCUUUUGACCAGCUACCAUUUAGAAACCAAGAAAUGAGUUCUAUGUUAUAUGUUCCUGUUCUCAUGCUGGCUUCCAAUGAAGGCUUCACAGGGGGGUCAUGAAUUGCUUAUUCAAGAGUUGAAAAGGAUAAUCAUUUUCUUGUAUGACCAAGGUAAAAGGUUGAGAACAACAAUUGAAAGGUGAAAUUUCAAUUAUAAAUUUCAACUAUAAUUGAGACUU